AUGAUUGACAAUGUUAUUAAGCCAUUGGAAGACGCCGAACUACAAACAUCUGUAUUCGCCUAUUCAGAUCAUCCUCAGUUUAUUACAUACGUUCAAGUGUGUAUCUGGAUAACAUAUCAUAUAGAUGCAACGCCUCUAAAAGUAAAACUGAAUGUUCUUGUUACUGAUAAUAUCGGAAAAAUUCAAACACAACUCAAACGACUCGACAAACACAAAAGCAUAGCAUUAAGAGCAUGUGCAUUAAAUAACGACUCUCAAACGAAUCAAGAACGUUGGAAAGAAGGUCGAAUAUUAACGGCGAAUGAUACUAUAUUAUCAUGCAAGCUGUAUCAAGAUAAUUCUAUCAUUAUGGUGAAACUGUCAAGUGACAAAGACGAUGAAACAUCAUUGAGUACUCGACUUUUUGCGAAAUUUCUUUCCGGAAAAACGAUUACCUUAAUAGUCGAUCAAUCCACGACUGUACUUCAUAUCAAGCAACUGAUUCAAGAUAUCGAAGGUACUCCGAUUGAUCAGCAACGUAUUGUAUUUGCUGGAAAACAAUUAGCAGACGAUCGAACGAUUUCCGAUUGUAACAUACAAAACGAGUCUACACUUCAUGCGGUAUUACGUUACGUAGGUGGAAUGUAUCACUUUACAAGUGGCCGACAAGAUUUUAAGAAUUUAUCAUACACAAGAGCUGAAGCAAUAAAAAAAGUUCUUGCAUUUGACUUUAAUCACAUGACACAUUCGGAACUUCUGUCAUCAGCCGAAUUACAAAAUUCUGUUUUACAAGGUCGAGGUGCUCUUUCGAUUUUAUUUAAUGAAUGUGAAGACAUAAAUGUACCUAAGGAUAUUCCAAAUUUAAAAACUAUCGUAUUAUCAAAUGUUGAAGAUAAGGAAGAUGCUUCCGAUAGCGAAGAUGAUGAUGGUGACAGUUCGAAUGACCAAUGA